UAGGUAUUUUUUGUGACGACAUACCAGCACGCAUUUCGCUCCACCUAGCAAGAGGUGAGCACGCCUGACGCUUGCACAUUCAACAACAACCACAAAAAGUCUACUGUCUGCAUUCAAGAUGGACACUGCUGAGGGAUCCAAGCUGUGGGGAGGUCGUUUUGUGGGCGCCACUGACCCCGUGAUGGAGCGCUUUAACGCGUCCAUCGCUUAUGACCAGAGGAUGUGGGAUGCUGACGUGAGAGGCAGCAAAGCCUACGUGAAGGCUCUGGAAAGGGCCAAGCUGGUCACCACAGAGGAGAGGACACAGAUCCUACAAGGGCUGGACCAGAUCUCUGAGGAGUGGACCAAAGGUGUGUUUGUGAUCAAAGCUGACGACGAAGACAUACACACUGCCAAUGAGCGCAGACUCAAGGAGCUGAUAGGCACCGCUGCGGGGAAGCUGCACACAGGAAGGAGCAGGAACGACCAGGUGGUGACCGACAUGCGCCUGUGGCUGCGUGACGCCAUCUCCACCCUGAUGGACAGCGCUUUGCUGCUCAUCUCCACCAUGGUGGAGCGGGCCGCUGCAGAGAUGGAUGUGCUGUUUCCUGGUUACACACACAUGCAAAGAGCUCAGCCAAUCAGAUGGAGCCACUGGAUCCUGAGCUACGCCGUGGCUUUGAGGCGGGACGUGGAACGUCUGCAGGAGAUCAAGAGGAGAGUCAACGUCUUACCUCUGGGCAGUGGUGCCAUCGCUGGAACACCGUUUAACAUUGACAGGGAGCUGCUAAGAAAAGAGUUGUCUUUUGAUGAGAUCAGCUUGAACAGCAUGGACGCCACCGCACAACGAGAUUUUGUUGUGGAGUUCUUGUUCUGGGCCUCGCUGUGUUUGACUCACCUCAGUAAGAUGGCUGAGGACCUUCUGCUUUACAGCACCAAAGAGUUCUCAUUCGUCACACUCUCUGAUGCCUACAGCACAGGCAGCAGUUUGAUGCCCCAGAAGAAGAACGCUGACAGUUUGGAGCUGAUCAGAAGCAAAGCAGGACGAGUCUUUGGCAGAUGUGCAGGCUUCAUGAUGACCUUGAAGGGCCUGCCGAGUUCGUACAACAAGGACCUGCAGGAAGACAAGGAGGCCAUGUUUGACUGCUAUGACUCUGUCCACGCCGUGCUGCAGGUCACCACUGGGGUCAUCUCCACCCUCAAGAUCAAUGUGAGCGUGAUGGAGGCGGCUCUAAGUGCGGACAUGUUGGCGACUGACCUUGCGUACUACCUGGUCAGGAAGGGGGUGGCGUUCAGGGACGCUCACGCUCUGUCGGGUAAAGUUGUGUUCACAGCUGAGUCACGAAAUAUUACCUUGACCCAACUCACCUUGGAAGACCUGGCCGCUAUCAGCCCGCUGUUUGAAAGCGACGUGGCGUCUGUGUGGGACUACGGCAGCAGCGUGGAGCAGUACAGCGCCACAGGUGGCACGGCCAGGAGCAGUGUUGGGGAACAGGUACAACACCUGCGCACGUGGCUGACGCAACAGAAAAAACACUAGUGAAAGCGUUCACACCUUUUAACUCUGAAUCAGGUUUACUGGCUGGAAAUAAAUCAUGAUUGAAGCAGGAAAAUGUACUGUGUGCAGUUUUAUUAUUAAUAUUGUAGACAAGAAUCACAGUUAAUUUACUUAAUAAUUACAAAUUAAGAUGCACUAUGGCAAAUUACUAUGCACUAAUCUAAAUUGUUAACAUUUCUAUAAUUUAAUCUAAUAAAAUAUAUUAAAGAAUUAGAGAAAAUAGUCAAAUAUGAAUUUGUGGGGCGGGGGUGUGCUUAAUUACUGGAUCAGAACCAAUGUUGUGAGCACCAGAGAGAAAGCAUCAAACCA